AUGGCUGAAGCUAAUGCAGGUAGACUCCCUAGCUCUUUCCAGCUUCCUACCCCCGAGGAAAAGGUUCUUUAUUCUAAGAUCUUCAAAUCUUUAGACCAAGAGAAACUUGGCCUUGUCACUGGUGAAGUUGCUGGCUUGACUUUCGAGAAGAGUGGAUUAGACUCACAAACUUUAUAUCAAAUUUGGGAAAUAUCAGAUGCUCAAGGCAAUGGGUUCUUGAAGCAGUUGGACUUUAUCAGAGCUUUGCGUUUAAUUGGACACGUUCAGAGUGGCAAGGCUUUAGAUGCCAAUCUUGCUAAUAUUCCAGCUCCAGCUCCAAAGUUUCAAGGAUUGAAUUAUGGAAUGUCUCCAGUAACUACAGGUUUACCAUCACAAGGAACAGGAUCCAGCUUGCAAAAGCAUUACACCAGCUCAUCUUUGCAAUCUACAGCGCAAUUACCUCCUGUGACACCAGCCGACAUCUCGAAGUUUAUCCAGUUGUUUAACAGACACGUUCCUUCUUCGUACCCUUCGAUAUCUGGUAUGGAGGCCAGGGAGAUUUUCCUCAAGGCAAAAUUGCAAGAAAAUAUCUUGGGUCUUAUUUGGAAUGCUUGUGAUAGAGGCGCCAAGGGUAAUUUGAGCAAAGAUGAAUUUUGUUUGGCGAUGUUUUUGAUCCAGGGGAUGUUGCGAGGUAGUAUCAAACAAGUACCAACCUCUGUGCUGGAAACCACUUGGUCUCAAAUCAAUCAAAUAUUGGUGUCUAUUAAUUACGGUAAUAAUAUCCAACAACAAAACUCUAUUCAGCAACAAUCUACCGGUAAUUUAUUAGGCUUGGAUUCCGAAAUUUCCCAUGGCGCUGCCAUCAAGCCGGUUAUCCAAACCAUCCCUGAAGCAAGAUCAGUGCAAAUUUCUGAACUGCCUAAAGUGACACACUCUAGUGCAAUUCCACAAAUUGAACAAGGAUCAAUCCAACCUUUAUCUUCUGGGGCAUGGACAAUUUCCCCGCAACAAAAGCAACAAUUUGAUCAACUUUUUGAUUCGUUGGAUAAGUCACACAAAGGAACUUUGGGUCCAAAUGAGGUUGCGUCAUUUUUGAUGUCCUCAAAAUUGAGUCAGGAUGAUUUGGCCAAUGUUUGGAACUUGGCUGAUUUGAAAAAUUCGGGCAUAUUCACUAAAGUGGAAUUUGCCAUUAGUAUGUUUUUGGUCCAGAAAAGAUUAAGAGGAGAAAAUCUUCCGGUUGCAAUUCCUCAAGAACUACUUUCUAGCGUUAACGGUCAAGACAUUGCUGCAACACAAAAGUCAACCGGGUUCGCCGCUGUUGCUAGUGCAGCUCCACCAAAACCGCCCCAGGUACGUCAAUCUUCUAUGAAUGAUUUGGCCGAUAUUUUUGGGUCUUCGCCACAGGCUCCACCGGCAAACUUACAGCGUUCUGCAUCUGUUCAAGUUAGCAACACCGGUGGCUCUCAAAGCUCGUUCUCUAGCGGACCAGGUGCGUCAAGAAGGUUCAAGCCAACCUCUAGUUUUGGUCAACAAAUUGUUCAUCAACAAGAGGUUAAUGAAGUGCAAAAGACCUCUUUAUUGCAAUUAGACGAAGCCAAGGAAGAUGAGGACGAUAGCGGUGAUGAUAGUGAUAUCAACUAUUUUUACAAGUCUUAUAAUGAUAAGAGAACCGCUCCCCCAAUUCCCACUUCUACGAAGCCAAAUUAUGACAUUUUGAAGGAUCUCUCUGUUCCUGGAGGGUCCCAACCAGUUGUUGCACCAUCAGUUGCCCCACCACCACCAGCUGCCCGUGGUACUAUUAACGAUAAUAAUCGCGCCUUGCAAUCUGAAUAUGAUACAAUCAGCAAUGAAAUUGUUUCUGAACAUGUGGAAACCUCCAAUACUAGUGCCCAAAUCAAGUCGAUGGAAGCUCAAAGCACUGAGUUAAAAUCAAUGAUUUCAAAGGCUAAAACUCAAUUGGCAGCUGCUCAGGAAGCUAAGAGUAAUUUUGAAAGUAGAUUACAACAAGCCAAGGCUUUAUUGGAAGAAGAAACCCAGCAAUACGAUGGUAUCAAAAAGUCUGUUAUUGAAUCUCAACAAGAAAACGAAGAACUUAGACAAAAGUCAUCAAUCUUGGAGGCAGAAUACAACAACCAUCAAGCUGAGUAUCAAAACUAUCAAGCUCAACUAACUGAAAAGCAAAAUGAAAACGCUGUCUUCAAGGAAAAGUUGGGUACCAUGACUGCAGAAAAUAAUGAUUUGCUCAAAAGAUUAGAGAACAUCAAGAAGGCUUUGAAAGAUCAGGUUGCCUUUAACAACAUUCAAGAGCGUCAAAUUGAAGUUUUGAAAACCAAGAAUGUUACGGUUGUUCAUGAAAUCAAGGGUAUAGAGGCAGAACUUGAAAAUUCCAAAUCUAUUGGGGCACAAAAGGAGGCCGAGGUUAAGGCGUUGGAAAGUAGCAAAAACUCUGUUCCAGUUUCUACUAUUAAAUCGAUCGACACUAGUGCUGAUACCACCAAUAGCACUCAGAAACUUGCUGGGGUUGCGGCGGUUGCAGGGGUUGCAGGUCUUGCUAGCGGUGCCAUUUUGCAUAAUCAUGCUAGUGGUGAUGACCACCAUGAUUCUGGUCGUUCUACUCCAGUGAAGAAGAAUAACCCAUUCUUGACCGGCUUCACCGCACCUCCAGGGGCCGAAUCUAUGCCAAGCUUAGAAAAUUUGACAUUUAAAUCUGUUGCUAGUGAUGACGCUCCAGUUGAGAAAACAGAAUCAUUACCUGAACCAAGCUUGGAUGAAGCUGCUUUCCCAAGUGAAUCAGAUGACAAGAAUCAGGGGUCACCACUCACUCCGGCCACUGGGAGUGAAAUCAUCAAAGCUGAUGGCAUGGAUGACGUUGGUGAUUUAGAGAAUUUCACCGAGUUCCCAACUCAGGCUGAUUUUGAAAGUCAAUUCGAUGAUAAUAAAUCUAACACUGAGAAGGAAACAAAUACUGUGGUUACCAAAGAAACUUCAGAUACUUCCCCACCAACCUCGGAUUUCCAGUUCGGUGGCAAUAAUCCUACCGGGUUACAAUUCCCAUUUGGCGGUAACACUAUCAGAAGACCAGAAUCGCUAACUUCUUCGGUUCAAAACAAUGCCGCCAUGUCGGUUAGAGAUGAAUCUGUCACUGAGUACCCAUCUUCAGACGGCAGCGAUCAUGAUGAGGCAAUUGUUCCUGAAACAUCAGCUUUUGCACCUCCACCGAUUCCAGCGCGCCGUGGUUCCAUUGGUUCUGAUAGUUCUGAGUCAAGCGAUGAUGAUUUUGGUCCUCAAGAUAUUGAACAAAGAACUUUCCGUGACAAUGAAACGGUUACUGGUGUUGAUAAAGAAAUCAAAAAUGAUGACGUUUCUCCAAUUGUGAUUCCGGCGGCUUCAAUUCCUGCGCCACUGACUAACAAUACCGAGUCAUGGUUCGAGAAUCUUGAUGGUAGUAAUGUUGAGAAAGCUCAAUCAAUGCCCGCGGAUUAUCAAAGUGUGCGUGCUAACUCCAUUUCCACCUCAUCUGAUAUAUUUAUGGAUGCCAAUGAAGACAUUGUUACUUCGCCGGUGACCCAACAAGGCUCAAGUAAGAUGAGCUAUAUUAUCAAUACUGGGAAAUCUAAGUUAGACAUCCAUGGGUUCGAUGGCAUGAGUCCUUCCAUUGAUGAAAAAGAGAACCCAAUGAACAACAACAACAACAACAACAUCAUUACCUCGACAAAUAAUAGUCAUUUAGCUUCUUUUAACGCUGGACCAUUUGACAAUAAUAAAUCUGUGAAACCUUCAUUGGGACUUGAUUCGGAUUUUGACUCGGCAUUUGAUGAUUUAAGUCCAGUGACGGCGGAAUCUGCAGGAGCGAAGAAUACCAUUGAUGAUUUUGAUGCGGCAUUUGAUGAUUUAGAACCGGUGAAAGAAAACAACAAGACUGUUGGUGAUUUCGACGAUUUGCAACCGGCGAUAGAAAAACAUGAUUUCGACAGUGCGUUCGAUGAUUUGACUCCAGCCAUGAAAGGCGUUGAUGAGUUUGAUAAUGCUGAUUUUGACAAUCUUGCCCCAUUGCAAGAUAAGGCAGUUGAAGCUGACAACGACAACCUUGGAGGAAACGAUUUAGAAUUUGAUGAUGAUUUCACCGAGUUUGACACGGCAUUAUCUAUCAAAGCCCAAAAGCCACAUGGGAAUGAUAAUGAUGAAUUCGAUAGUGCUUUCAACUUCUAG